AUGAAGUCUUUUUUGAUUUGGAUAUUUUGCUCACUUAUUAUUAUAACUACAAUUAGUGCCGAUGUGGAAGGCCGUCGCCUGGUCCUGCGACCUCUGACGAAGAGAGAACUCCGCAAUGCUCUGGAGGAAUCUGGAAUAGGCUCUGAGACGGCGGCUGGCAAAUCGGUAGCUUCUGCCUUCGCAGGACUCAGUGGACUCGCCCUGGGCAUUACCAAGGGCAUCGGCGGCUCAAUCCUGUUCGAUGUGGUCACUUCGAAUGUCACCAUCGAUUACAUUACAAGUUUGCUGAACGCCACCGCCUCAUCGACGACCUCGAGCAGCAGUGGAACCGCCCAGGAGAUUUGCUUCAACAGUCGCAGUGUCAAUGGAGAUGACCUUAAAGGCGGGAGCAAGGAUAACGCACUUGUGGACGACAACGUAUAUUCAUCGGAGGAGUGGAGACAGUUACCUAGCAGCUCCAGCACAGACAAUUCCUGGACUGUCAUUAAUGGACCAACGGAUACGACCGCACCAACAACAACAACAGACACAAACAGCGGAAAGACCUGCAUUGUCCUGGGCUCAAAGGGACAUCGUCGAAGGCGUCAGCUGGAGAUUCGACCAGGAACCUUGUCUUAUCACGCCUCAAGGCGCCUGAGAAAAUUCCACAGGAAUAGGUUUUAG